AUGAAAGAUCUGGGGCCCAGGCGUGAUAACGAAUCGACGGAUUUAGUCGGGGGGGAGGAGGAGGUAGUUUGUGUGCUUUCAGGAGACAGCAAGGCUCACUGUUCUGGAAAUCUGUCUCCAAGGCGAGCAACCGGCUCCCUCCAGGCCUUUUACGACAUCUGUUUGGGCAAUCCUGCCUUACGCGUCGCAAAGACAAACAGAAAACAGGAAAUGGGAGAUAUCCGUCUUCUCUGUCCUCUAUCAGAUAGGCGUAUUUAUCCUAAAAGAUCGUGGCCGCUCCACCCACAUAUAAACACAUAG